AUGGCUGCUUUCACUUGCUCCGCCGCAGACCUCCACCCUCUUCUUGGCACCGAUGCUAAUGCCACAGCCUUUGCUGAAUUCAUAUGUGGACGUUUUGAUGCCAUUUCAGACAAGUUUGUUGACACAACCUAUGCAGUUGAUAACACUUACCUUCUCUUCUCUGCGUACCUUGUCUUUGCCAUGCAGCUUGGCUUUGCUAUGUUAUGUGCUGGUUCUGUCCGUGCCAAGAACACCAUGAACAUCAUGCUUACCAAUGUCCUUGAUGCUGCAACCGGUGGAAUUUUCUUUUACAUCUUUGGUUUUGCAUUGGCUUUUGGUACCCCUUCCAAUGGUUUCAUUGGGAAACACUUCUUUGGUCUAAAUGAUUUCCCUUCACAGUCUUUUGACUAUGGAUUUUUCCUCUAUCAAUGGGCUUUUGCCAUUGCUGCUGCUGGGAUUACAAGUGGUUCCAUUGCAGAGAGGACACAAUUUGUUUCCUAUUUGAUUUACUCAUCAUUCUUGACUGGUUUUGUUUAUCCCGUUGUGGCUCAUUGGUUCUGGUCUGCUGAUGGUUGGGGUAGUCCUGCUCGGGCAGAGAAUCUGUUGUUUGGAUCUGGGGUCAUUGAUUUUGCUGGUUCAGGUGUUGUUCACUUGGUUGGAGCUGUUGCUGGAUUCUGGGGUGCAUUCAUUGAAGGCCCUCGUAUUGGAAGAUUUGAUCAUGGAGGAAAACCUGUGCCAAUGAGAGGACACAGUGGUACCUUGGUUGUUUUGGGAACAUUCUUGUUGUGGUUUGGAUGGUAUGGAUUCAACCCUGGCUCAUUUCUUAACAUCUUGAAGACCUAUGGAGAUAGUGGUUCUUAUUAUGGACAAUGGAGUGCUAUUGGGAGGACUGCAGUGACCACAAGUCUUGCUGGAUGCUCAGCAGCAUUGACCACACUCUUUGGCAAACGUAUCCAAACUGGGCAUUGGAUUGUCACAGAUGUUUGCAAUGGUUUGCUUGGUGGGUUUGCUGCAAUCACUGCAGGGUGUGCUUUUGUGGACCCUUGGGCAGCAAUCAUAUGUGGGUUUGUAGCUGCUUGGGUUCUCAUUGGAUGCAACUUGCUAGCAGAGAAAUUCAAGUAUGAUGACCCAUUGGAGGCUGCACAACUUCAUGGUGGUUGUGGCAUAUGGGGGAUUAUCUUCACUGCUCUAUUUGCUAAGAAACAAUAUGUAAAUGAGGUCUACCCAGGGCUUCCUGAUAGGCCUUAUGGAUUGCUCAUGGGAGGGGGUGCAAAGCUCUUGGCAGCACAUGUUAUGCAGAUUUUGGCCAUCGUAGGUUGGGUGAGUCUCACCAUGGGAUUGGUGUUCUUUGUGCUGCACAAACUCAAUUUACUGAGGACUUCACCUGAUGAGGAGAUGGCUGGAUUGGACUUAACCAGCCAUGGUGGAUUGGCAUAUGAGUAUCAUGAAGAUGAACAACCC